AUGUACGAUGAAAGCUCGCCAUCCACCGCCGAAGCCCGGCGCCUCAAGAAGCGAGAGCUCGAUCGCAAAGCCCAGAGAUUAGCCCGUGAGAGGACAAAAGGUAGAAUUGCGCAGCUGGAGAGCAUGGUAGACAAUCUAAGACACAGCGACUCGAAUGCACAGGUGUCUACGUUAAUUGAUGAGUUGGAGAAGAUUACAAAGGAGAGGGACAAUUUGUUACAAGUGCUCGACUCUCUAGGAUCAACCAUUCGUCGUCAUCUUGGUGGCUCCAACACCAGCGAGAUAUCAACCGACAUCAAACCCAAAGCUUCGCCACGCACCACACCGAGAGCUGAUGGACCAGCAAAACCAAGUAGCUCUACAGUCCCAAUUGACUCCGUUUCACAGACGAGUGGCUCUUCAAUGCUGGAACUCCCUAUGAACGCGCCCCCAACGAAUCCCCUCGCCUACAACAGCUGGACGUAUCCCGUCAGCAACAGUCCAUAUGAGACCUCCACGGCCUUUGACAGCUCCAUCCUCCCACCAUCUGGUGACGGUUUCAUGGAUAUUCAACCUCUCCUACCAAGCCUUCCAACUCCUGCCCCCGAAGACGAUGAUGUUAUAUUCCCUAAAGCCACAGUCUUGUGCCACUGCUCGAGCCCCACGAAUUGCGCGUCCAACUACUACGGCGUGAAGCCUAACGUUUGGCGUACAAUCAACGAAACCGUACAGAAUCGCCCAAAAGAAUUGUUCGAAAGGGUCAGCAAUCCAGUACCGGCCGACAGGUGCACCUCCUGGACACUUGACGGAACUUGCCUAGCUUCAGUCCAAUUUGAAUGA